GCGAGAGCGGGUAUGUGGGCGGGAGGCCGGAGCAGCUGUCAGGCUAAAGUCCGGCGAGCGACGCGCGGGGACGGCGGGAGGAGACGCGGCGCCGGGCCGGGCCCUGGAGAUGGUCCCCGGCGCCGCGGGCUGGUGUUGUCUCGUGUUCUGGCUCCCCGUGUGCGUCGCAGCCCACGGCUUCCGCAUCCAUGAUUAUUUAUACUUUCAAGUGCUGAGUCCUGGGGACAUUCGAUACAUCUUCACAGCCACACCUGCCAAGGACUUCGGUGGUAUCUUUCACACAAGGUAUGAGCAGAUUCACCUUGUCCCCGCUGAACCUCCAGAGGCCUGCGGGGAACUCAGCAACGGCUUCUUCAUCCAGGACCAGAUCGCUCUGGUGGAGAGGGGGGGCUGUUCCUUCCUCUCCAAGACCCGGGUGGUACAGGAGCACGGUGCGCGGGCAGUGAUCAUCUCAGACAACGCAGUUGACAAUGACAGCUUCUACGUGGAGAUGAUCCAGGACAGUACCCAGCGCACAGCUGACAUCCCUGCCCUCUUCCUGCUCGGCCGAGAUGGCUAUAUGAUCCGCCGCUCACUGGAACAGCAUGGGCUGCCAUGGGCCAUCAUUUCCAUCCCAGUCAAUGUCACCAGCAUCCCCACCUUUGAGCUGCUGCAACCACCCUGGACCUUCUGGUAGAAGAGUUGGUCCCAUAUUCCAGCCAUAAGUGACUCUGGGCUGAGAAGGAGGAACCCAGGAAUUUUGCUAUUUGAAAUUUGGGGAUAGCAUUUAGGGACAAGUGAAGCCAGGUAGAAUAAAAGGGUUUGGGGCUUGGCUAGGCUGAGGGAAGCCACACCACUGGCCUUCCCUUCCCCAGGGCCCCCAAGGGCACCUCAUGCUACAAUAAGAGGCAAGAGCCAGGUCCCAGAGCUUCUGGCUAGAAUCUGGAACAAAAGGAGCUAAAGGCAGACAGCCUGAGAGCCAUCUGUGACCUGCCACGUCCCACCUGGUUCCAGCAUCCCCUACCCAGGGUCUCUUCACAGUGACCUUCACAGCAGUUGUUGGAGUGGUUUAAGGAACUGGUGUUUGGGGACUCAAUAAAUCCUCACUGACUUUAGCUAUAAAACUUCUCAUCAGGGUUGCAA